AUGACCAGCGCAGCUGAGUUUGCUGGUAAUGGCUUUCAUACUUCGCUGCCAAGUCAUUGUUCGACCGCCUCUAGGUCUCUUCCACCCUUCACGUGGUUGUGCGAAAACAGCUUUUCGAGGAAGUCGGUCGACUGGCAUACGCAACACGUGGCCAAGCCAGCGCAACCUAUGCAGUGUGAUCAGUUCAUCUGUCGAGGGUCCGUGGUUCGAAGCCGACCUCUGCAUUUCAACUUUCCCUGUCUGGGCUUGGGUGACCUGGCAGUAUCCCAGCCCUCGUGCUUCCUUCAGGUAGCGUGGCAGCUAGGCACUGGAAGGGUGUUAGAGCCGAACAGUUUUUCGGGACGAAACCAGCCACUAAUCCCGAAGAAACUUCAUGGCAUGUCCCCUAUCAACUAUGGUUCUAAUGUUACGUUAAACAAUGCACCGUCGGCUGUCCAAGUGUUGUUGGGCGUUAUUUUGCACAGACUUAUCGACUAUCGGGAGAGGCAAACUCGUGAGAGUCAAGUUGGGUUUCGUCUAGGCCGAGGAUGUACCGACCACAUUUUUACCUUGAGAUAA